CAGAGCUCAAUGACUUGGUUAUUGACUUCACUCUUCACACCAGUUAGUGUCUCACUGUGCUGAGGCUUUGUCUGAUGUAGAAGUUGGUCUUUAUCAUAUUUUUUUUUCCCACCUUCAGACAUUUUAUUCUGGAUGCAUAGAAAAGUUUCUGGAUUAGGGGAGAACUGACACAAAGCGGCGACGCCACUCCAGCUACACUCACAACAACGCACAGGAGGCGAGAGGGGGGACCGAGAUAGAGAGCGCGACGCACCGGGGUGAAGACACUCGAGCGAACUUCAGCCACCUGAGACGACUUCUGACUCUCACAACCAUCCGAGAGAGAGAGAGAGACAGAGAGAGAAGAAGAGAGGGAGCGAGAGAGGGGGCGACAGAGAGAGCGAGAGAUUCAACAGCAGAGAGGCAGAGGAUCUUUGCAGACAAGGUCCUGAAGGAUGGAGGAGAAACAGUUUUCUGGGAUCCUGAACGGAGCGGUUCCAGGCGAGGCAGUGAAGAGAGAUGAAAACCCCCGGAGAGGGAACUGGGGAAACCAGAUUGAGUUUGUUCUCACCAGUGUGGGUUACGCUGUGGGCCUGGGCAACGUCUGGAGGUUUCCCUACCUUUGCUACAGAAAUGGAGGAGGUGCUUUCAUGUUUCCGUACCUCAUCAUGCUGGUGUUUUGUGGCAUUCCUCUCUUCUUCCUUGAGCUGUCCUUUGGGCAGUUUGCCAGCCUUGGAUGUUUGGGAGUUUGGAAGAUCAGCCCUAUGUUCAAAGGUGUGGGCUACGGCAUGAUGGUGGUGUCCACCUACAUUGGGAUCUACUACAACGUGGUCAUCUGCCUCGCCUUUUACUACUUUUUCAUGUCCAUGACCAACCUGCUGCCAUGGACCUACUGCAACAACCCCUGGAACACAGCGGACUGCAGCGGGGUGAUGGGCAGUGGGUCCCAGCUCAACGGCAGCCUGAUGAACACCACCAUAAGCCUGGUCGCUGGUGUGUCUGAGGUGGUCAACAAAUCAAAGAGGACCAGCCCCAGUGAGGAGUACUGGAAACACUAUGUGUUGAACAUUUCUGAUGAUAUUGGGAACUUUGGAGAGAUCCGUCUCCCUAUCCUGGGCUGCCUGGCUAUAGCCUGGGUCGUUGUCUUCCUCUGUCUCAUCAGAGGUGUUAAAUCCUCUGGAAAGGUGGUGUACUUCACAGCUACCUUCCCCUAUCUGGUUUUGACCAUCCUCUUCAUUCGUGGCAUAACUCUGGAUGGAGCCAUCAAUGGCAUCAAGUACUACCUGACUCCACAAUGGGGGAAGGUCCUCGAUGCAAAGGUGUGGGGAGAUGCUGCUUCUCAGAUCUUCUACUCCCUGGGCUGUGCCUGGGGUGGUCUCAUUACCAUGGCCUCCUACAACAAGUUCCACAACAACUGUUUCAGAGACAGCAUCAUCAUCAGUGUCACCAACUGUGCGACCAGUGUGUACGCCGGCUUUGUCAUUUUCUCAAUUCUGGGCUUCAUGGCAAACCACCUGGAUGUCCCAGUGUCUGAGGUGGCUGACCACGGCCCGGGCCUGGCCUUCGUGGCUUACCCAGAAGCCCUCACUCUGCUCCCCAUCUCACCACUGUGGUCUUUGCUGUUCUUCUUCAUGCUCAUCCUUCUGGGACUGGGGACUCAGUUUUGUCUGCUGGAGACUCUGGUGACGGCCAUUGUUGAUGAGAUCGGUACAGACUGGAUCAUCAGAAACAAAACUGUAGUAACACUGUCAGUGGCCGUAGUUGGAUUCCUGCUGGGAGUGCCACUAACGUCACAGGCAAGGAUCUAUUGGCUGUUACUGAUGGACAAUUACGCUGCUAGCUUCUCUUUGGUCAUCAUCUCCUGCAUCAUGUGCAUCUGUGUCAUGUACAUUUAUGGUCAUGAAAAGUACUUCAAAGAUGUUGAGAUGAUGCUGGGAUUCCCUCCUCCUCUCUUCUUCAAAGUCUGCUGGAGAUUCAUCUCCCCUUUCAUCAUCUUUUGCAUUCUGGUCUUCACAGUGAUUCAGUACAAGCCCAUCGAAUACAAUAACUACGUGUAUCCUGGUUGGUCCUUGGCUAUUGGGUUUAGCAUGGCUCUGUCCUCAGUGAUCUGCAUACCCAUCUAUGCCAUCUACAAGAUCUGCACGUCCCCAGGAGCCACCUUCAGAGAGCGGUUGAAGAAUGCAUGUCAAGCAGAUCCAUCGUGGGGCCCCUCCCUGCAGGAGCACCGGACAGGCCGCUACGCCCCCAUGGCCCCGGAAGAAACACUGGAGUCACGUCCCCUCAAGGAGAAGGAGGAGCUAAAGGAGGAGGAGGAGAAGGAGAGGAGGGAUGAAAUCUGCCUCACCGUCCAGGGAAGCAAUGGCUCCAGCAACACACACAACAACCCCAACCCAUAGACAGCGUCCCUCACUCUGUCUCAACCAUCUCUUCCUCUUUUUUUUCCUCCCUUCUCCUCCAUCCUCACCCCACUUUCCUACAGUCCUCUGUGGGGGAGAUCCCAUUCGCUGGAGACCUUUACAUAUUGUAAGGGCUUAUUAUAUCUAUCUUAACCUCUUCUAUAUCUAUCUGUGUGUCGUCUCUAAAAUAAAGGAAGAGAAUUAAACGAAAGGAGAAAAAAUUAGGUCAUCAUCCAAAAGAUUUGCGUGCGUGCGAGAAAGUUUGUGAGUGAGUUGUUAAUAACUCACUCACAUACAUAAUGUAAUAAUGCAGUUUGUCUUUUCCUUUUGUAAAACGUGUGUAUGUCACAUGCACAUGCUUAUCCGAGGUACCGCAGGUUAAGAGGCUGCAUGUGUUUGUUUUGUGCACGCAGCAACGUCGACACACACACACACACACACACACACACACAGUGUUCUCUUGUGUUCAGUUAGUCGGGUCUGUUUGGGAUGGGUGAUGUUGGCGCGGCAGUGAAAUGACAGCUGUUGUUGCGGUGCUGUAAUAUAGAGGAGGGUGAACUCGCCCGCUCUGGUCAUUCGCAGCGUGCUGAUGCUGAGUUAUGGCAAUAUUCUCAACUCCACGGCAACGGAGCGCGGCGGACACACUCGUUCCUCGCCCUCACGCACUCACGUUAUUGUACAUUCUACAGCACACGGUGACCUCAAACAUAGUUGAUCUCAGCUCAAUACGAAGCCUGUUUGUUUGUUUUUAUGCUGCUUCUUCCUUUAAAAAAAAAAAAUUACAAAAUUAAAAAAAAGAAACACGCUCUGCAGAGCACAAACAUUUAACACCUGAGACGGCGACUGAUACUCGGGGGCGGCUGUUUGUCCGUAGAAAAAGUUUCCUCCAUUUUUCUAACUUUUCUUUCACUAAAGCUGCUUAAAGUUUGAAAACUCGGCAGAGGAUAUUCAGCGAACUUAAGCCGUACUGUAACCCUCUGCCUGUGCAUUCACACACACACACACACACACACGCACGUACACACAAACACACACACACACGCAUCCAGUUUUCUUGACAGAAGGGAUCUCACGGCCAUUUCUCAGGGUCCAAGCGGCGUUAAACUCUGUGGUUUGUUGUUCUUCCUCACCAAUGGGAACCUCGUCUUGACUAAGAUGGCCUGUUAAAGAUAAUACGGACUGAAAUCGCCUCACUGUCAAAAAACAACAACGUACACACGUAACGCAAGUGGAUGCAACUUUAAAUAUAGAAGUGCCAUCUCAUCUUAAGUCUUCCAGGCAUUCCUUUUCUUUUCUUUUUGUUGUUGAGUGAAAUGCAUCAUGGGAUGUGGUCUGUGACGGAAGAUCUGGACUCGGGGAGGUCAUUCGGUGACAAGAAUCAUAGAGUGUGUGUCUCCUGCCACGUUUACACACGUUACCUGAGCCCGACACACGGUGUUGUUGUUGUUGUUUUUUUGUUGUUGUUUAACGUGUGCGUCCCAGAGACUAAACCUGGUCCCAGUCUCUUCCAGUCCCUGGAAACCUUAAUGUAUUUACACAGACUUGUGUUUGAAGAGACACAGACACAGAGAGAUGCAGCUUGUCUCUGGAAGAAUAUAAAAAAUAAGAUCAUCAAUGACAUAUACAUAUAUAUAUAUAUAUAUAUAUGUGUAUAUAUAUAUAUAUAUAUAUAUACAUAUAUAUAUAUAUAUAUGUGUGUGUAUAUAUAGUUUUAAAUGUAGGGAUACAGUAUAGUGUUGUUCUCCAUCUUACCUCUUGUCAUUGUAAAGUAACUUAGUAAAUAAUGAUAAAGACAGCAUACAUCUAUUUUGUACAAAAAAAAAGUAACUAACUACAGAAUCAUGAUUAACCAUGUUAACCAUUCCUCCCCUGUUUAGUUGGAGAGGAGGUGAUAUGAUAGGGAGGAGGUGUACGGAGCAUUCGUCGUCUUCACCCACACAGGUGGGCGUCACGUGUUCCUUCUGUUGGACACCUGCUCAGGUGGGGGAUUGUGGUCGAAGGCGUCAGUCUGUGGCAGACAGCAUAUUUAUAUCCAGAGGGAAUAAGUCGUCUUCUUUUGGUGGGAGCCAGGCUUGUUUGCGUACCUGCUUGAUACGCAGUGGUUAGCUGAGCAUGGCUGAGACUGGGAGUGAAAUGGAACUCGGACGUUGUCGAUUAGAUUAUUUUCACCUGUGAUUUUCCUUCUGGCUUCUGUGCAAAGGGCCCAGUCACCUCUGAAGGCCUGUACAGAAAUGUGUUCUCUUUUUCUUGUCCGCAGUAAUUACGCCCACUUCAAAUUUCUGGCCAAUCACGCGAUAGUUGUCGGACACCACACAAGAAAGAAGCUCUGCCCAGAUGAUGUGUCCAAACGGAGGCUGCGAGGAAAUAAAGGCUUUUCUCGCAGCCCCGGGAGAGAGAACACAUUUCUCCGUUCUUGACUAGUCUGUACAGGCCUUAAAGCCUGUUAAAAGCAACACUGUGUAACUUUGGCGGGACGUUCUGUUGCUGUAACAAUCACGCCACUAUUUUUACUACAUUUUUACCUGACUCUCAGCUCUGCGUGAUCCUGGCAGUUUGAGAUGCCGAGGACAAUUGAGUCUGUUUUCAGACACGACCUUUGAGGGAGGUCCACAGAUUUGUCGUCGUCACGUGACAUUUUCUGGGGGAGACGCACAAAACACACCAGUAUCGCGUUUUAACAUGAAUAGUAUAUUGUUUUUACAUCAUUUAUAACAGUAAAUCACGUUCUGACGUGACACUGACCUCUUUUUAUUUUGCUGAUGUGGCAGCAAACGCGCCCGUCAUUUCCCUCCCUGCUCAACAAACCCACAGAGAGAGUGGUUCAGGUGCAGAGUGGGAAUCUAUUGUAAGCCACUGACCCAUCAUCACGAUUUGAAGCAGUUAAUCUAUGCUUUUGUGACUAUAUAGUUGCAUCGUGUUGCUUUUAUCUAAGAAAAACCUGCUGGUUGCCAGGCAACUGUUCCCAGCCUGGAGGUAGUUCGGCACAAAAUGUCCUUAAAAUUACAAACAGUUGUACAGGAAACAACUUUACAAGAUGCAGACUCUGAGGUUAAGCACAUAGUGUAAGUGCAUAAGCACAAACAGAAUGACAAGCACAGCGGGCCUUUUACGAAACAAGCACAAAUCUCCACUUAUUUUUCUCUGUAUCAGGCUUUUUCUCAGGCUAUAGAAACAAAGCAGGUUCUCCCAUUGAUGGAAAAUGGUAGCUCUGGUCUGGAUUCGGUCUCUUCCUGAACUAAUCACACCACACAUGACGUGUCACCACUGUCUUCUCAUCUAAAGAAACGUCGCGUUGCACCAGAAUUUCCAUUUCCACUCUAGGAACGAGAGGCUUUAUGAGCUGACCGAGGCGAAUAUGAACAUGGACAGAUUCCUGUU